UACUGAUGCUGCCAGAGUGACUUCCCACAGUCGCCAGUGGACUCACAGCGCAUGGAAUUCGGUCAGGAGAAUUUAGUUGAAGUACGCGAAAAGGACGUUUAAUUUCAAGAGAAAGUUUUGUUAUGUGAGAAAGUUAAAGGAGAAGAAAGUGGUGAAAAGUCGUUGAAAGAAGGGUGCAGUUAUCCAAGGAUACGCCUGUGACGACUGAAGGGAAAGCGCAACAGCUGUGUGAGCGAGCGACAGAGCAACAGAAAGAGAGAGAGAGGGAGGAGGGUGCCACGGAGUGAAGAGCACUGAAGAGUUAAGCGCUCCGUGCCGGAGAGAGAGAAAGACACUGAGAGAAACAGCAGUCCCUGGAGAGACGGAGCAGAGGACAGAACCCUUGAAGCUCCCCCGAAAGAGUUAAACCACCUGAGGAAUACAAACGGGAUAUCAGCUGUGGGACGCUGAGGAAUUAUGCUAACGGCUCCCAGACUCCCCUGAAGACAGGAGCUGUUGCUGACCAGGAUGGGAAACGCAGACAGCCAGUACAGCAGCUUCAUCCUGCCGGGGAAGCCUCGUCCCUGCUCCCUCAAGUUCCCCUCCUCCUCCAAGGACCAGGCCCUGUCCCCCCACGGCUGGUGGAGGGGCACGGACCUAGGCACCGUCUACAAGGCCCGCGUCGGGGCCAGAACCACAUCGGCAGGACUUUCUACUCACAAGAACAAUAGCCAGCCUUACCUCUCCCGCCACUAUGACUAUGUGAGCAACGCUGGUGGUGGUGGUGGUGGUGGCGGCGGUGGGGACCCACAGAGGUCUUCCUCCCCACUUCGGUGUGGCGGGGACGGGGGGUGGGACGGAUGUUACUCCUCCUCUGGGGGGCUCCAGGCGUCUUCCGCCGGGGAUCCAGGUGUGGAUCCUCUGGGGAGCAGGAGCAGCCCCAAGGUGCUCUUCAGCAAAGAUGGAAGUUUACGCGUGGAGUUCACCAACAUUCGCCAUCAGCAGGAAGAGGAGGUCCACCACGAUGAGGAGGAGGAAGGGAGUAGCACGGUGGCGCGGCCCAACGUCGGCCCAGGCGACGCCGGCCAGCGCACCAGCAACGGCAGCUCGCUGAGCUCCGAGGGCUCCUGGUACGACUCGCCCUGGGGCACCGGCUGCGGCGGAGGAGGAGGAGACGCCAUGAUGAUGAUCAACGACAACGAUAACGUCUUCCUCGCCGGCGGCAACCACCAGGCGCCCCACCACCACCCCGCCUUCCCCUCGCCCCUCGGUUGCCACGACAACAACAACACCACAGGCUCCUCCUCUUCCUCCUCCUGCUUCUCCGGCGGCACCGUCGUGGGCCGCCACGGUGACGAACUCGGCAGCUUCGGCUCGUCGUCGUCGCACUUCCGCCUGAGCCAGCUGGCCGGCAGCCGGGGCUACCUGGUGGGCAGCGGCUACAACACCUGCUCGUCCGGCCGCACCGAGGACAGCGGCAUCGGGGACUCGCUGAUGGCCCUGCCGGCCGACCAGGAGCAGGAGCAGGAGCAGGAGCUGGAGCGGAUGGCCUCUGCGGAGGAGGUGGCCCUCUCCGGACGCUACAGCAGCCCCAGCCUCAUCAACCCCUUCCCCUUGCCCUCGCAGUUCCAGGACGCCCCUGGGCUCGCUCAUCAUCAUCAUCAUCUUCAUCACCAACAACACCACCAUCAUCACCUCAGUCAGCAGCAUCACCAUGCCUCUGUGGCCUCGGCCCUGGAUUCGGCGACGCUCGGUACGCAGCGACGAGAGCUUUGUGAUCCCUCCGGGAUGCCGUACUCCUCGCUGACCUUGCCGUGCCGCAAGCCGAGCAGUGGCAGCAGCAGCAGCAACGGCAACACCAGGAAGGACUCCCUCAAGAGCCGGAUCAGGAAACUCAGCGAUUGGACGGGCAGCCUGAGCAGGAAGAAGAGGAGGCUGCAGGAUCCCAGCUCAAACGAGCCCACCGACGCAUUCAGGACCAACAACCUGUCUCCCGUCGAUCCCCAAGCCAGUGCCUCCUACUGGGCUCUCAGUGUGCCCCCCCAGCCUCACCCCCAAACGCAGCCUCCCCUCCACCACCACCUACACCUCCAGCCUGGCCCCGGCUCCAUGUCUGGCUCUGCCUUCGGCUCCUCCAUGACCCUCCACAGCCAGCAGCAGCAGCUACACAACAACAUGCUGAGGCAGAACAUCUACCAGAACUUCAUGCAGGAGCUGGAGACUGGUGGAGGUGGAGGUGGUGGAGGAGGAGGAGGCGGCGCAGUGGUGGCCGACAUGGGGGCCCCGACGUCGGAGGGCGAAGGGGAGGCCGGGGAGGCGGAGGUGGGGGAGAGCAGCAGCAGCUCCCUGGGCUCGCUGGAGCAGCUGGACCUGAUGUGCGAGAAGGAGCAGGGGGUGGUGAGGAGGGCCGGCUGGCUGUCCUUCAAGCCCCUCAUCACGCCGCACCACAAGGAGCGCAAGCUAGAGCUGGUGGCCCGCCGCAAGUGGAGGCAGUACUGGGUCACCCUCAAAGGAUGCAUGUUACUCUUCUAUGAGACCUAUGGGAAGGCCUCGUCGUCCUCCUCCUCCUCUGGUGAACAAGACCUGUCUCCCUGCUACGCUCUGCUGGCCGAGGACAGCAUCGUGCAGGCCGUGCCCGAGCACCCCAAGAAGGAGCACGUCUUCUGCCUCAGCAACGCCUAUGGAGACGUCUACCUAUUCCAGGCGGCCAACCAGACGGAUGUGGAGAACUGGGUGACGGCGUUGCACUCGGCGAGCGCAUCCCUGUUGGCGCGGCGACAAGGCAAGGAGGACACGGUGCGUCUGCUGCGCGGCCAGACACGCGGCCUGCUGCAGAAGAUCGACAUGGACGCCAAGAUGAAGAAGAUGGCCGAGCUGCAGCUGUCAGUCGUCAGCGACCAGAAGAACAGGAAGGCCAUCGAGAGCCAGAUCCAGCAGUGGGAUCAGAACCUGGAGGGUUUCCACAUGGAGUUGUUCCGCGUGCGCUGCUACCUGGCCAGCCUGCAGGGAGGCGAGCUGCCCAACCCCAAGAGCCUCCUGGCCGCCGCCAGCCGGCCCUCCAAGAUGGCCCUCAGCCGCCUCGGCAUCUUCUCAGUAUCCUCCUUCCACGCACUGAUCUGCACUCGUGACGAGGCAAACCUGCGGCGGCGAACUCGCUCCCUGUCCCGGCGCUGCAGGACCAAGAGGGGCCUCUUCUCCUCACUCAAGGGCCUGGACAGCCUGACCAAGCGCAGCCACGCAGGCACACGCGCCGACCACAAGCACACCUCCACACAGCAGAAGCCAGACGGCGUCGCCAAACUGCAUACAACACUGCCCCCCGAAGGCCAGCUGUGGGACAGCAGCCUGGAGAGCCUGGUGUGCGUGCACAUGCCGGACGGCCGUGCGGUCACUGUGCCCAUCAAGCAGGACUCCCUGGUGGCCGAUGUCCUCACACAGGCCUGCAAGGUCCAUCAGCUGGAGCCGUGUCUGUUUGGGCUGCGUGUGAAGAAGCGUAUUGGAGACGAGGUGGAGCUCUACACAGCCUCCUCUACGGACACACUCAAGGAGCUGGCGUUUGAUGAGCUGGAGGUGUUCCCGCUCAAUGUCUUCACCCGAAACCUGUCCCGCCCUGACACCUCCUCUGACUUUGGGUUUGCUGUGACAGGCCAUGUGGACGGUUUGGGAAGAAGCCACAUCUACGUCAGUGAGCUGAACCCUGAGGGGUUGGCUUUCUCGGAAGGUCUGCUAGCGGGGGACGAGAUCCUGGUGCUGAACGGGUCGAGCGUGUCCUCGUGUGACCUGGGCCUGAUGCAGGCCUACUUCAGCCAGCCCAGCGUCAGCCUGGUCCUGUGGAGGGAGGAGGCCGUCCCCGGCCCGGUCUCGGACCAACAGAGCCCCGUCUGGCCUGACUGCCAGGCCGCCGCCGAGCCUCCGUACCCGGCCUUCCCACCCCCGAGCUCCCAGCCCCAACACGUGGAGCACUUCCCACCCUGGCCUUCAGACUCUACUCCAUCCCUGGAGGUUCCAGAAGGCUCCGUAGCAGCUGCUUCUGGUUCUGAGGAUGGAACUCUGCAGAAUGUUCCAUCAGACGACUCUGGCUCUCCUAGGACGAGUGCAGAGAAUGUGGGUUCUCUGUAUCAGACGUUCCCCGAAGGCCCCGUGCUGGAGGCCCCUGAGGGCCACAGGAACCCCUACAGCAGCGAGGCCCCGGCCCAGAGACCGCCGCCCUGCCCCCGACACAUGUCCAUCACAGAGCGCCUACGCAAGGUCAUCCAGGAGCUACUGGACACAGAGAAGUCAUAUGUCAAGGAUUUGGGCUGUCUGUUUGAGAUCUACCUGAAGCCCUUGCAGACGGAGACCUUCCUCUCCCAGGAUGAGAUGGAGUCUCUGUUUGGGAGCCUGCCGGAGAUGCUGGAUUUCCAGCGCCUCUUCCUGCACACGCUGGAGGAGCGCAUCGCCUGCUCGCCCGACUUCAGCAUCCUCCAGACCCCUGAGCAGUUCAAGAAACUCCUCUUCUCUCUGGGUGGAUCAUUCCUGAAUUAUGCGGACCACUUCAAGCUGUACAGCGGCUUCUGUGCCAACCACAUCAAGGUUCAGAAGGUGCUGGAGCGAGCUAAGACGGACCAGGCGUUUAAGGAGUUUCUGGAGGCGCGUAACCCGACUAAGCAGCACUCCUCUACUCUGGAGUCCUACCUGAUCAAGCCGGUGCAGCGCGUCCUCAAGUACCCCCUGCUGCUCCGAGAGCUCGUCUCCCUCACCGACACUCACAGCGACGAGCACAGCCACCUCACAGAGGCCCUGCGAGCCAUGGAGAAGGUGGCCAGCCACAUCAACGAGAUGCAGAAGAUUUACGAGGACUACGGCACCGUCUUCGACCAGCUGGUCGCGGAGCAGAGCAGUCGAGAGAAAGAGGUGACUGAGAUCUCCAUGGGCGAGUUCCUGCUGCGCUCCUCAGCACUGUGGCUGAACCCCCAUCCCUCUCUGGGACGCAUGAGGAAGGAGCCGGAACUCACCAUCUUCCUCUUCAAGAGGGCUGCAAUUUUGGUGUAUCGUGAGAGCACCAAGCUGAAGAAGAGAAUGACGUCGUCUCGCUCGGCCUUCUCGCAGGGAGAUCUGGACCCCUUCAAGUUCCGAUGGCUCAUUCCUGUGUCAGCACUACAGGUCCGGCUGGGAAACACAGCAGGCUCCGACAACCCCGGCAUCUGGGAGCUGGUCCACACCAAGUCAGAGGUGGAGGGGAGGCCCGAGACAGUCUUCCAGCUGUGCAGCAGCGAUUUGGUAAGCAAAGCCAACGUGCUGAAGACCAUCCGUUCCCAGCUGAGGGAGAGUGCCAAGCGGCCCGUCCCUGGCGAGAGGAGCUACCGGGACCAUCUGUCCACCUUCAGGAAACCCCAGCACCCGGCCCCCACCACCACUCAAUCUGGACCAUGGGUACCACGCAACCCACCUCACCACACCCACCACCAUCCAAACCCCUACGCGCACCCCCACAGGCUCCGGCCCGCUCACCUGGACCCGGACAGCGACUGCCACUCAGAGCCCCCCAUGCCCAGCCGGGCCAGGCACUACCCCAGCCACCACAGCCUCACGCUGGACAAGAAAGCUCGACUCCACUCCCUCACCAGCGUCCUGGAGUCCCAGCUGCAGAGGCUGAACUUCGCUGAUGAGGCUGCCAGCAGCGGUAGUGGUGGAGGUGGUGGAGGUGGGGAUAGUGAAGUCGGCAGCAGUAGUAGCAGUAGUGGUGGUGGUGAUGGUGGUAGCAGGAGCAGCAGCAGGCUGACUGUGGUGGGGGACAGGCAGGGAUGCGAGAGUAGUAUGGGCCUGGUGGAGUCUCAGAGCUCCAUGGAGCUCAACUGUCUGCUGACCAGAGACUUCAGCGUGCAGAGCCUCUCGUCCGUGGUCAACGAGGACUGCUUCUACGACUCGGUCAUGGGCAUACAGAAGGCCGUCAUACCCACCCAGUAAAGGAUGAACUGAAAAACAGAGAAGAAGAAAAAAACAAAGCACACAGUCGAAUAAGUUGGAGUAUGGACUUGUAAAUUACGCACACAAAAGGACAGACUAAAAAGAAAAGAAAAGAAAGAAAUCAAAGCACACAGCCGACUUUGUUGGAGUAUGGACAGACAGCACUGUCAACAACAACCCUGGGGAUUGUUGACUAGAGGACCCGUGCAUGACGUUUCCAUGGAGACAGAUCUUUGAACACAUGGGAUGUCAGGGGUUGGAUCGGUGACAAGAGCUUUGGCACCUGUACAUUUAAGCCUUAAUUUGUAGCCGAACCUAAGUAAGAGAAGCUUGGAGGCCAUCUUGCUGUAGCAGAGGAGAUUAGCUGAUGGACGAUGACCUCCAUUCAGUAGACGCUUGAGUGUUAAAGCAACACUAAGUAGUUUCUAAAUCAUUUUCUUUUUUUUAAUAUAAUAUGUUUCCAAAACCGUUGAGCGGCUCAUCAUAAACGGGUGAAAGGACACUUCUGAAUUGUCUGCCACCCGGACUAAGGAGUGGUAUGUUUUGGGGGUGCGUCUCGUCUCCCUUUUUAAUUUGAAUGAGGUACAAUUCUGCUUCCAACCUGUAGGACGUCCCAAGAGGAAAACUACAUAGUGUUGCUUUAAGACCUCAUUAGCACUGUGCAGUGGACGAACUGAACCUAUAAAGCUUGUAGGACUUUUAGUUGGUCCACUGAUUAUUAUGCCUUGUGGCCUUGUUUAUGUAAGCACUAAGACCAUUUGUUUGCCUGUGUCAAUUGACAUUCCCUUUUUUCCCCUUUCGUGUGUACUUUUUUUAUUAGCUUUUUCGACAAAGGCAAUUUUGAGUUAAAAACUGGAAUUGCUCGAUUGAAAAUAAAAACAUGAUAAUGAGUAUUCAAAGAUUCAAAAGAUGCACAAAUAACUAUUUUGUCUAAAUUAUAUUUGUAUAUUUCCUAUCCAUUGUAUUUGGUAAUGUUUCCUAUUGCAUUUAUAAGAACUUUUUUUAAUGUAUGAGGCAUGCUUUUGUUUAACUUAAAAAUAUGCUCUAGAUGUUUUGAGUUUUGUAAUAUUUUUGUGGUAUUAUUUUUCAAGUAUUGUUGUUGAGAUGUUUUCAGUUUUACCCAAACCUGGCCGAAGUGUAAUUUAUUUGUAAUAUAUUCUUGAUCCUUUGUGUAAGCAUUUGUUGCCAUUGUACA